AUGAUUGCACCACCAUCCAAUGAAACGGCAUAUUACAUGUUGCAAUCGACAAACCGGAGGUGUUAAACAGGUUUGAGUUAAAAAAUUGCAUGAGGACAAAAGUAUUCGUAAAGUCAAUAGCAAGAUUUUUAAGGUGUGCAGGGGGUUUGGUUUAAGUCACUGAUGAUCUAAUUCCCAACAAUAUCUGGACCUUUUCAAACUUGGAUGACUGAUGCAUAAGUCGUUACAUAAUAAAAGUCAUGUUAUGGAUAAUGUGACCUACAUUAACCGGAUGUGACAGAAAGGAAGAAUCUUCGCACACCCAAAACAAAAGUAAUUAAUUCGAAGUGAAAGCAAGAUGAAACAUUUAUGCGGCGUUCGACCUUCAAUUCCGACAAUUAUAUCAGAGACGAAGCAUUGUUAAUAAAUAAAAGAACACAAAUCGCAUCACAGGAACAUGAACAAUAAAGAACAGCAUAAUCUAACAAAGGAUUUAUACAGAAACGUAGCCACCAGGACAUGCCAUACUUUGCUGGCUUUGAAAGGAAUUCUUUUGGUUGCAGCGAUUGUGCUAAUAUCGUCUACAAAAGAGAUUUCAAUAGCCAAACCAUGUGACCUAGAAAAAGUGCUUGUUUCUUUUGGUGUGGACCAAACCUCACCCUGUAAAUACGACGACAUAAAGAAAAAGUCAACAAAUCUCUGCACUUUAGGCAUAUCAUUCUUAGUUCUGAAUGGAAUUAUUUUCCUUCUGAUAUUGAAUUUCAUUUGGAUUCCUAAAAACAAGAAAUUCGGUAUAUGCAUCGCACUUGUAGUUGUGUAUGCAGUUGUUGCAGCUGUAUAUUCAGGCCUAACGAUAAAGUUCUACAAAGAAGUACUUGACUCCAAAGAAAAACAAACGGAACCGAACUAUUCCCAUAUAAAAACAACAAUGAUGACUCUACUCAUGAAAAAUUAUACAUCGGAUAAUGUUACCAGUGGCGAUGCAAUAUCUGAUAGUUGGAACAAGUUCUUCAUCGAGUAUGAUUGUUGUGCUAUAAACCAAGUCACAGGAACGACCAACGACUUUGACAGCACUCCGUGGUGUACAACAUCCGGUUCCUGUCAGGCAACGGCCUCACAGAUCCCAAAGACCUGCUGCAAUGGUGUCUCAGAGGACGAUUACGGAAGCGCACCGUCCGACUGCCAUUCCUCUGUUAAUCCUGGGACAUUCAAAUCUAACUGUAUGAUCCCUAUCAAGAAACUAAGCACUAUUAACAUUGGAGAGUGUCAGAUAAGCCUAGUACUGAUCACCUUACUGACUAUUGGGACUUUGGGGAUAGCUGAAUUUCUUCUUGAAGGAAUUUUGAUAUCAUAUUUUGCUGUUUGAUUCGAAACAAAAUAUGGCCACCAAAAAAGGAGGAGACUGAACUGAAUGAAAAAAGGAACUGACCUUUUAACUUGUGUUUGAUUUGAUGAAACAUAAUGCAAUUUUUAUUUUAAAAAUUUACCUCUAAGUUAUAUAUUUUGAAUACCCUAGAUAUUCUACACGUUGAACGCUGUUUUUAACCUUUAUUUAUUAAGCCUAUUAGAACUAUUUUACAGUCAUUGUUUGUUUAAUUUUAAAGAGUUACGGGAAUUCUGGUCGGAUAUUUAGAAAAAAAGUAAUAUAGUCUUUUUGAUUGAUACAUUAUAUUUACAUCUACCGAGUAUGAUUCCCUCUAUUUCUUACGAAAACUUAUUGUAAUUUAUGAAUGUAAAACCUAUUGCAACCUCAGAAAAUUCACGAACUGCGCGAAAUAGUUAUAAUAAUGCCAGACUCAAAUUCCAAUAGGAGACGAUCUGGCUUUUUCUUAUAUUCAACAUACUGAUGUACAUUAACAGUAAUUUAGUUUAUUUUACUUACUUUUUUUUUUACUUAUCAUUUAGUAAAAGGAAAGAUGUAGAUAUACGCAAUAGAAUGCUGCAACAGAAACGCAAUAGAACAGAAACGCUAGUAUGUAGACAUUUCGUUUUUAGUUCUGUAAAAAAUUCUUAAGGGAGAAUGUUUGAAUACGAUUUUGUUUUAAGAGAUAUUGUCCUUAAAAAAUAAGAGUAAAAGAUUGCCCCAAUCUUUUUUUUUUUUUUUUUAUCAUUUUUGCUUUAAUGGGUCUGCUGAAAAAUAUUUUCACUCCUAUGUGUUGAUGUUUAACUCCAUUCAAGGAACGUUUUAAAAAAGGUGUAUGUAGUGGGUAUAUCUAUCUCAUAUAUAAAAAUAUUUUUUCGAAUAUAAUAAACCUUCGAUUUUUAUAUGACAAAAGCGCAUCCUGAGUAAAACACUUACUCCAUUGAGUAAUAAAGAUACAUUAUAAAUCUAUAUUUUGAAUAAAAUGCACAUGAUAUAAGUACAAUUAACACUAUCGCAGUUUUAUUAUUUUUUUAAAAUAAAGAUUGUGUUAUUUGAAGACAUGUCAGGAUGAUGGCACUUUCAGUUUUUUACAAUGUAAUUUGAAUCAUUGCAACGGAUCUAGAGUAUAUGAGACAAUUUCUGGGGAAUCACAUAUACCAUGGACUGUAAUACUUUGUAAAUGACAUUGACACUCUUAUUUUUAUGAUGGAAUACUUAUUAUUUAUUGAAAACCAGUGUUUUCAGAUCGUUGAGGUUUUGUAUAAUCCUCUAUUUUUCGUGAAAUCAAAACCUAUAUAUACCAAUGAAACACAGUGUACAUUGUAUGGAAUUGUUGUUAUUUAUCAUUCUUUAAAAAAAAAAAUCAGUUGUUUUUUGGGCGAUAAAUGCUUUGACGGACUGUAACCGUUUAAACACUAAGUGCUUAAUGUUUAUUUGAAAAGUAUUGUAAUCUUCGGAAAAUAUCAAAAACAGAGUUUUAAUUAUUAUAUUGGAGAUGGGCUAAUAAUUAUUCAUGGCUGUACCUGGAAUUGUGUAUUUACAUAUUUGUAUUACGUAAAAUAUUUUCAUGUUCAUUUAUUGAAAGUCUUAUCAUACAACCAUUUGCAUAAAGAUAUGUUUAUUUUAAUUUUUUUUUAAUGUUGUUCUGUAUGUGUUUUUAUAAUGAGAUCUACUCUUUGUGCUUUGUGCUACUAAACACCAAUAAUUCGUUAACACGAGGUUAUUAUUUUAUAUAUACGAAACAACUCCAAAAAUCUCAAAAGAAAUAUACUUUGUUGAAUCCUUGUGUUUAAAUUAUUAAUUUCAUCUGUUGGCACAAGAGGUUCACAUUUAUCUAUAGUGGUAAAAAAUGUGACCAAAAAUUUUAUACCAGCAAUACAACCAUUUUACAAUUUGAAUUUGAUGUUUCAACCGCAGACUAUUUACUUUUGAACAUGCCAUCUUGGAUGCAUUGCUUCGAAGUCAAUGUUAAACAGUAUUUUUCUGGAUAGAAGUAGCAUAAAGUGUGUUGGAUGGAAGAUGUUGAUAGCAACAAGUAAAUAAUGAAAUACCACGA